AUGGACGCUGAUUAUAUAAAUACAAACUUCACUACAAUUGAAGAUCUACAAGAAUUACCAACAAAACUCAAUGAACUUAAUCAAUUAAGUCAAACAAUUCAACAAAUUGCUAAUCUUAAAACAACUUCAUCGGAUUCAAAUUCAGUGAUACCUAAUGCACCUCAAUCAAUACUUAAUCAACAAGAAUUUGACAAUGCUUUAGAAAAGAUCACCUCGGUAAUUUCUAUGAUUUCAGAUCCUGGAUUUGAUUUAAAUGAUGCUAUUGAUAAUAUGAAUGGAUUGAUUGCAGAAUAUGGUCCUGUGUCGAUGUUUAUUCAAUUAAAACAACAAUUUGAAAUGAAAUUGGAUUCAAUCAAGAUGUGUGAAUUGUUAAAGAUGGGGAAAUCAUUGGAAGAGAGAUUGUCCAGUCCAGAAUUAUCCCAAGAAGAACUCAGAGCAAUUUCAAAUGAAAUCAAUUCUUUGAAUGAUGUGAAUAAUAUCAUAGCUGGGACAUUAAUUACAAUCCUUAGAAACAAAAUACAGACCAAGAGACAAGAACUAGAAACUCAAUUGAAACAAUUGAUAAAAAAUACUAAAUGGUUAUCAACGUCGUCAACCAAAAAUAAUGAAAUUUCCAAUGAAUCUUUAACGCAAAUUUCUAAAUUAUUCCAACAAUUAAUAAAUCUUCAAUCUAUAAACAACAUCCCCAAAUAUCCUGCUUCAUGGUGGGCAUUAGACAUUUUACUUGAUCCAAUAAUUAUUCGAUUCAAUUAUCAUUUUAAUUCCACCAAUAAGGAAACCAAUAAAUUAUCCAAACCAGAAUGGGCCUUCAAUUUUAUUGAAACUUUCUUAUCUAAUGAUAUUGGAUUAAUUAACCUAAUUGUAGAAGAUACAUUCAAACAAGUAGGUAGGAUUGGAUUAUAUGAAAUUAUAACCAGCUUAUUAAACCCAUUGCGUAUCAAAAUCCAAAAAAUGCUUACAGUGAUAAAUGAAAAUAUCAUUACUUAUUCUCAAGAUAAGAUUAUGUUGGAAAAGAAUGGAAGAUUGUUAUCUCAUUUAAUAUUUGAAUUAUCAUCAUUUGAUCAAAGAUUAAGAACUAUACAUAAAUACAAUCCAUAUAUUUAUGAUUUCCAAACCGGACCAGAAUCAAAAUGGAAUGGUAUUACCAGUGAUGUGUUAUUAAUAAACCGAUCAGGAUCUGAUCUGAAUGUUGCAGUAGAAAAUUGGUUAAAUUUUGAAAAUGAAUUAGCUACAAAACGUUUCCAAACAGAAAUCAUAACCACUAAGGACGCAUUCACUAUUGAUUAUGAUUAUCAAGGGACAUUAGAAUUAGGUGAUGAUGAUGAUAGUGGAAGUCAUAUCCAUAAGUAUAUCUUACGACCAACAUAUUCAGCCUAUGGAUUAGUCAAAUUAAUAAAUAAUUUAAGUUCUCAUUAUCAAACUUUAAAUAUCGUGAAAUAUCAAUUAAAAUAUGUUUCCAAAAUUCAAUUAAAUUUGAUUGAUAAAUAUUUAGAUUCAUUAAACAGACAAUAUAGGACAUUCUUAGAAAAAUUUAAUUUCAAAAGUGUAUUGAAUUAUAUCCCCGGUGGAAUUAAAGAAACAAUCGAUGAAUCUAGUCGAAUUGAACAAGGACAACGCGGGUUAACGAUGUUGACUGAACUUUAUUGUUCGGGUAAAUUUAUCAGUAAUUCAUUAGAAUAUUGGAGUAAUCAACUCAUCUUUAUUCAAUUAUGGCAAGCUUAUAAAUCUUAUUCCGGUGAAAAUGUUGAUGAUUAUGAAGAUCUGAGUAUUUUCGAAAGUGCCAUUUCCCAAUAUGAUGACUUUAUUAAUAGACUUAUUAAUGAUUAUGAAGAUUUCUUCAAAGGGGAGAUCAAACAAUUGGUGAAGCAAUAUGUGAAUUCAAGUCAAUGGGAGUUAAAUUCCACCAUUCAUGGAGAUUAUGAAUUACCUAGUGACGAUUUAUCAACUAUUGUGAAUACAUUACCUACCUAUUUGGAAAUCUUACGUCGGAGUUUAUCAACAUUAGAUUAUUUCAUGAUUGUAAAUCAAGUGGUGAGUAUCAUAUGUAAUAUUUAUUAUGAAUAUAUCAUAACCAAUAAUCAAUUUGAUCGGAAAGGAGUGGAUCAAUUAUUGGUUGAUUUUGGUCAUAUUGUGACACUGUUGCAUAUAUUAUUAUUUCUUAAUUGUGAAGAACAUGCCGAAUUUUCAUGUGAUGGAAAUGAUAGUUAUGUGAAAGUAUGUCAGGCAAUUGAUUUGUUAGAUUCAUUGGAUAAAAAUAAGAGAUAUUCUCCUGAUAAUGAUUAUCAGGAAUUAAGAAAAGAGUAUGAGCAUGGAUUGUCAAUGUUGACAAGAAAUGAAUUACAUGAUUUAAUAGCAAGAGUCAUAUAG